GGCUAAGGGCCUAAAAGCAAGUGUGAUCUGAAGGAAAGAAGAAGACAAUAGACUUGAACCUAGUCCUUUGUCUUCCAUUCCGCGUCUCCCUCCUUCAACCCAUAGAAACAAACAAAGCCCUACAAAUCUCACCCAUAAGAACAUAAACAAAGCCCUUUUCUUUCUCUCUCCUUCAACCUUUCUUCCUCCUCCUCCUCCUCCUCCUCUUCUCCUUCCCCGUCUCGUUGCUAAGAUGAUAUUUUCAAACCUAAUAACAAACGUUUCUCAAUUCCAAUGUCUUCUCUUCACCAUCUCCUAAUUCUCCUUCUUACCCUCGUGUCAUCCUCUGUUUUGUUCGCGUCUUCUUAUCCUCUCUCAACCAUCGCCAUCUCCCAAGUCGGCAACCAGACCAUAAUCUGCGCUCUUCUCCCCUCCAGCGACGACGAAGGCCCUUAUGCUCUCAAUUGCACGGCGUUGCCGAGCGGCAAGAGCCACACAUACCGCUCUACCAGCGGCUUUCUCUACUCCGCCGUUGCUGCCGGCAAUGGCUUCCUCUGCGCUCUCAGCUCCGAGCAGGCGAACCAGUCCAUUUCAACUAUGCGGUGGUGGGACUUCUCUCAGAUCCCCGCCCCAUCGAAGCGCGUCUAUAAAGGUCCUUCUUUGGCUGCCCUCGCUUCUGGUGAUUCCCACGUAUGUGGCAUAAUUGGUGAUUCCGGCAAGCCCAAUUGCUGGCGAUGGCCGGAGCUUACCAUACCUUCCGAUCUUCACUUCACUGCCAUAUCCGUCGGUGGAGACUUCGUCUGCGGACUUCAUGACUCCAGCAUACCUCGAUGCUUCGGCAGCAACGCCAGCGGAGUCGUCGGUACGGAGCCGAAAGGUGAUUUUACAUCGAUUGCCGCCGGGACUCGGCACGCCUGCACGGUUUCUGUAUCCGGUGAAUUAGUUUGUUGGGGCGACGGAGCGCCGUCGGCGACGGUGUCGGAGGUAAGCUCGCUGGCUCUCGGGGAUAGUCGGACUUGCGUCAUACGGUUCAACGGAACGGUAUUCUGUCUAGGAGCCGGAGCCGAGCCUCCGCCAGGAUUUGAAAUGGCCCAAUUCAUGGCAGUGGAAGCACGGGGAGGAGCUUUCUGCGGCAUUCUCACGGAGAAUUACUCUCUUAUCUGUUGGGGAAACGAGACUUUUCACCAUAAUCCGGUCAUUUUUAGUCAGGUUCUACCGGGGAGCUGCCGUUCCAUUUCAACCUGUCGAUGCGGCAUCCUUCCCGGCUCCGGCAACAACUGUGGGCACGGCGAGGCUAUCUGCCAGUCCUGUCUCCGGCCAUUUCCGCCCCCAACUUCACCACCUCAUCCACCAACCCGACCGCCUCCUCAGAAACCAGCUGCCUCCAUCACCCCCACCCAUCCAUCCAACCGAAGACAGCUCCUUUUCAUUCUCCUCGGCUCGGUUGGAUUCGGCAUCGGCUCUUUAGCCUCCGCCUGCUUCUUAAUCAUCCGUGCCAAAAAACAGAACGGCCGCAUUCACGAUUCCGGCCGCGUUCCACCUUCUACCAACGCCGCCUACCCGACCUUUAACUUAAACCUAUCGAGACUUUUCGCCAAAGGGCCAAGCCCGAUGGUUGAAGAAUAUUCAAUAGAAGCCCUGCUCGCCGCCACGGAAGGCUUCGCAGAAAAGCAUAAAAUCGGGUCAGGCGGUUUCGGUUCGGUAUACCGCGCAACUCUGCCCAACGGUCGAAUCGUCGCCAUUAAACGAGCUAAGCCUCAGCCAGCAGCGGCGCGGACGCCCACCGCUUCAACCUCCCGUAGCGCUCCACUUCGCCGCCGGGAGAUGGAAACUGCAUUCCUGGCAGAACUCGCAUUACUCUCUCGCGUGAACCACAAGAACUUAGUCAGGCUCUACGGGUUCUGCCGAGAGGGCGCGGAGCUCAUCCUGGUGUACGAGUUCAUGACUCGCGGUACGCUCGACGCACACCUCCGCUUCCCCGGCCCAGCCGGAUCGCCGCUGGGCUCUUGGGCUGGCCGAAUCCGUAUCGCGCUCGACGCGGCGAGGGGAAUCGAGUAUCUGCACGCGUACGCCGUCCCGACAAUAAUCCACCGCGACAUAAAGUCUUCCAACAUACUCCUGGACGAUGACUGGACUGCCAAAGUUUCCGACUUUGGACUUUCGCUUCUAAACCCAAAAGAAGGGGAGGAGGAGGAGGAGGCGGAGAACGGGGAGGCGGCGGCUGCGGGGACGGUGGGCUACAUGGACCCGGAGUACUAUCGGCUUCGGCAUUUAACGGCGAAGAGCGAUGUUUAUAGCUUUGGAGUGGUGCUGUUAGAGCUGUUGACAGGGUCUAAGGCUGUGGAGAGGAGCGCGGAGAGCGGAACGCCGAGGAAUGUGGUGGAACACGCCGUGCCAAGAAUAGAGUUGGAUGAAAUACACUGCGUGCUGGAUGGGAGGCUUUCGCCGCCGACGCCGUGUGAAAUCGAGGCGGUGGCUUAUGUCGGGUAUUUGGCGGCGGAUUGUGUGACCCCGGCAGGGAUGGAUCGGCCGAGUAUGAGCGAGGUGGUGACCGGGUUGGAGCGGGCAUUAUCGACUUGCAUUGGUGCGUGCGGUGCGCCGAACCCGACUGGAAGUGGUGCGAUCGGGUUCACGCGGUCGUCUGCAGAAGACAGAUCUGAGUAACAUUUGGGGGUUUGCGAUUGGGCUGUCGAUGGUCAUGUAAGCCUAUUUGUUAAUAUAUAUAUUUUUUUUUCUUUCCAAUUGGAAGGAUGAUUAUUUAUUGAUCAGGGCUUUUUUUUUUUGAAGUAGUUAGGGAUGAUGAGAGGGAGGAUUGUGAUUGAAAGGUUGUUGGAAAUUCCAAUAAAAAGUGUGCGAUUAUCAAGUUUUAAGUUUUUGAUUCUCAAAAACAAAGUUUUCAGCUUAUAUGAGAUAUUGUUUUAUGAAUAUUGUAGGAAGUAAAUUUGGCACCAUAGGAUUU